GCGGAGAGACGCAGCAGAGCCGAGCGGAGGUGGAGUCUGUAGGUGGGGAGGGAGAAGAAAGGGGAGAGAGGAGGAAAACGGGGAAAGGCAGAUACAAGAGAAACGGGGGGAGGACGGCGGAUGAUUUACGCUAUACAAGUUGCCUCAAAACAAAGUGAAGAGUUGCGGCGAAGAGGAAUAAAACAAGAUGAUAACGCCCUAUUUCCUAGAGAAUUUCUGGGGUGAAAAAAAUAAUGGCUUUGAUGUGCUCUACCAUAACAUGAAGCAUGGCCAAAUAUCCUCCAAGGAGCUGACAGACUUCAUCAGAGAGAGGAGCACUAUCGAAGAGGCCUAUGCCAGGUCUAUGACCAAACUCGCCAAGUCAGCUGGCAACUUCUCUCAGCUCGGGACUUUUGCGCCAGUGUGGGAUGUGUUCAAAUCCUCAACAGAGAAGCUCGCCAGCUGUCACAUGGAGCUGGUGAGGAAACUCCAGGAACUUAUAAAAGAGGUUCAGAAGUAUGUGGAGGAGCAGGCCAAAGCACACAAAAAGACAAAAGAAGAAGUGGCGUCCACUCUGGAGGCUGUGCAGAACAUCCAGACCACCUCUCAGGCUCUGCAGAAGUCCAAGGAGAUCUACAAUGCCAAAACUGUGGAGCAGGAGCGCCUCCGCAAAGAGGGGGCCACCCAGAGAGAUGUGGACAAGGCUGGAGUGAAAGCCAAAAAAGCCACAGAGACUUACAAGUCAUAUGUGGAGAAAUAUGCCACAGCGAAGUCAGAGUUUGAACAGAAGAUGGCAGAAACUGCACAGGUCCACCAUGAAUUUGUGAGGAACAUCGAGAACACCUCAGUGGAGAGUUUAAUACACAAACUGGCCGAGAGCAAAGGAACGGGCAAGGAGAGACCAGGACCCAUUGAGUUUGAGGAGUGCAAUACAGCUAUUGCUACUGAAGGUGCCAAACCUAGAAAGAGAAAACCAUUUGGCAUCCCAGGUCGCAGGAAAGACAAAGACACAGACUCCACAGAGUCUACAGAAGUUGAAGCUGCUAAUACUGCCAACGGUGCUCCCCCCGGAUACUACGGGGCCAUAGACAUCCAGAAUGCUAAUGUUCCCCAAGUUGAUGCCGAGGGCUUCUGUAUCAGACCGGAAGCAAAUGAAAACGAUGCCAAAGAGAAUUCCUUCUAUUCGUCCAGCGACUCGGAGGAUGAAGAUGAGCCCAGGAAGUUCAAAGUAGAAAUCAAGCCCGUCAAGCCAAACAACGGCACGCACCAGAACCAAGCCACCAUCGACGAGCUAAAAGCCUCCAUCGGGAACAUCAUCCUGUCGCCGUCGACCUCGGGACAGAUGCGGAGGAACCAGUCCAGGAUCACAGGAGUAUCCACAUUAAGCUCUAAGGCUCAGGGUCGUGGUGAUGAGCUGGCAAAACCCAGAGUGCCAACAUCAUAUGAACUGACCAACAAUGACCUUCUGUCUCUGGACCCGUUUGGGCCGACUCCCGCAGCAGGCUCCUCUUCCUCUGUGUCCUCAUCAACAGACCUUGCCUCUAUCCUCCUUUUUAUUCCUCCAUCUCCACCUUUUCUGACGAAUGACUCAGACGUCUUUCUGCCAGAGGCAUCAGCUGAGACAGUGACACAACGGGAGCGCUCUCCCCCCCUGGCAGAGAGCCAACAAUCCAAAGAUGUCUCCUCUUUCUCCUCAUCCACAUCCUCUCCCUGGGACUCACCAGAAAACCCUUUCCAAGCACUCAAGCCCGUACCAGCGAGGGCCCAGAGUGCCCCUAUCACCCUGCCGACCGAGCCAAUUGACCCCAUCAAAAGCCCUGCCGCUGCCAGCCCUCCAAAGAGCAGCGACGCCUUCUCCUCCGUGUCCUGGUCCCAGAGUCAGUGGAUCGCCUUCAGUGAUAAUUUCGCUCCGGCUCGCCGUCAGAGCUCCGGGUCGUCUGUGAAGGAGCUUCAGAGGCCUCAGUCCAGCUCCGGCAGGUCAAGUCGUUUCCUGUCUGAUGACUCUGCCGACGCUUACUGCAAAGCAACGGGCAGCAAAGAAGAGGGCAACUCUCUCUCUGAUGUCUUCUCUGGGAUUACAGAUAGGCCAAUACCAACAGCUCCAUCAAGCAAAAUAUUUAAUGUGCCAGUGCCAGUACCAAACCGACCGACGACCCCACUGACAGCUGGUGCCCUGGUGCCCCCGCCACGACCCUCCUCCAGGCCCAAACUCCCCACUGGAAAACUCACAGGAAUCAAUGAGAUUGUACGGCCGUUUAGCCCACCCAAGACAUCUAACGCCAGCCCUCCUCCAACAGCACCGCUGGCCCGGGCAGAGAGCUCCUCCUCCUUGUCCUCAAAUGCUUCACUCAGCGCCGGUAACACCCCCACUGUUGGGACGUCUCGCGGUCCCAGCCCUGUGACCCUGGCAUCCCAAGAUGCUUUGCCCAUUGCCGUGGCCUUCACAGAAUCGGUUAAUGCUUACUUCAAAGGAGCUGAUCCUACUAAGUGCAUUGUGAAGAUCACAGGAGACAUGACCUUGUCGUUCCCCAUGGGCAUCAUCAAGGUUUUCACCACCAACCCCUCCCCGGCUGUACUCACCUUCAAACUGAAGAACACCAGCAGGUUGGAGCAGAUCCUACCCAACCAACAGCUACUAUACAGUGAUCCUUCCCAAAGUGACUCCAACUCCAAGGACUUCUGGUUCAACAUGCAAGCGCUGACGUCCUACCUCAGAAAAGCCUCCGAACAGAAUCCUACAGCUUCCUACUAUAAUGUAGACAUCCUAAAAUACCAGGUGCAGUCUGACGGGAUCCAUUCCACUCCUCUCAACCUGGCCAUCUACUGGAAGUGCACACCGACUACAUCAGAGCUGCGGGUAGACUACCGCUACAACCCAGAGUCCAUGGCGUCCCCCGGUCCGCUCUCCAACGUACAGAUCUUAGUGCCUGUAGAUGGAGGAGUCACCGGCAUGCAGUCUCUGCCCAACUCCAUCUGGAAUGCAGAGCAGAAUAAGUGUCUGUGGAAGCUGAGUGACAUCUCAGAAAAGUCUGAAAAUGAAGGCGCCGGGUCCCUGAGGGCCAAGUUUGAACUGUCAGACGGCCCCUCGAACCCCACCACUCUAGCAGUGCAGUUCAUGAACGAUGGGAGCACCUUGUCAGGAGUGGACAUGGAGCUGCAGGGAGCUGGAUACAGACUUUCUCUCAACAAAAAGAGAUUUGCCACAGGUCGUUACAUGGCAGAUUGCUGAGGUGACCCACCACUUCUCAAAAAAAAAAAUAUCCUUUGACACAGCAACUUUGCAAGGCUUCCUGAACCUCUGGAUCCAUCUGAGCUUUUGCCCAGGAGGCGAGAAUCUCACUACAAUAAAACAGCACUGAGUAUUGAACACUGUUUAAAAAAAAAUAAAAGAAAACUAAGACGAGCUUUCAGGAAAUGUGUAGAUAUGAAGUCUAAUAAUGCUUUCUGAUCAAUUCACUUUUGUAUAGAAACAAUUUAUGGAUUAGAUAUAAAUCUAUAUUGUAUUUGAAAUCAUAAAAAAAAGAAAAAAUAGUGCACUAACAAUCUUUCAGACGCUCUUCUUCCUCUUAUAUUCGUUUCUCAAGAGCCUACAAGGAGUAUAAAACAAAACCGUGGAAGAGAAGAAAAGCUUUCUCCCUCCAAAACUGUAAAUAUUAACACUGAUUAUUCUGCUCAACCAGCUCUGAGUCAACGCUCAAAUCAGUUUUGUUUACUGAUCUUUCUUCUUUUUCUCCUCACGUUUUUUUGUUUUUUUCAUCAUGUGCAAUGAAACAAUGAAGGUAGAAUCUGUCUUAAACACACUUAUGGCACAAGCUUGAUCGCUUAAAAUAACAAAGUGCUUUCAAACGAAUGCAAAAACAAAAAAAAAAGUCUGACCUCAGUGCCUCUUCUUAUACUGUGGAUCAAUAGGCAAAAAAAGUAAUUACCCAAAUUUGGGUUUUCAGAUUUAAGCUACAUUUCUCUGUGGUAAAAUGCAGAGUUUUUUAAACAAUCACCCCUAAUGGGGUCUGUGAUCAGUGUGGUCUUUUUAGAAAUUCUGUCCUUGUAAAUUCCCCUUUCGGUCAUGGCUUGUUUUACAUUUUUAAGCCCUUAAUUUUUAUACUUUAUAAAGAAAAAACAGCAACCUUGACUGUAAAACAUUGUGUCAAAUGUUAGAUGCUUUUAAAAAAAGAAUCACGGGACAUUAGCCCAAUCUUCACUUUUUUUAAACUGGCAGUGUUUUUAAUCACACUUUUGUGCCCAUUAAUAGAGAAAUGUGCCUGAAUCUAACUUUUCUCGAAUCUUUUUUUGUAUACUACAGCACAGUCAAUGAGAAUAGCACCAACAAUGUGCCAGUUGUGUUUUUUUUUUUUUACUCCUUUUAUUUGGAUGUUGAAGGGAAAAUGUCUCCUCUUUUUACAACCCGACUGUCUUCCACAAAAGAAUGAGUCAUGUUCUGUGAUUUAAGGUUCAUCCCAAACUCGUUUAUAUUUUGUAUUUUUCUACUCUGCGCUCGUCAGUUGACAUUAACCUCUCGCACACUCGCCGUGCAGUCGUCGACGUAAGUGAGCAGUAGCACAAAAAGGCCAAAUGAAUGAUCCAAAUGCCUUACCGCAACUACUCGACACUGAGUAAUCCGGUGUUGUUGACUGUGGUUAGAUAUUGUGACACAGAACUGCCAUUGCCCUGUGAUAGAUUACUGACCUGUCCUGCCUCUCACCCAGUGCAUGUUGGGAUAAGCCUUUGGCAACUAUAAACAGCACAAGCAGGUAUAGAAAAUGGAUAAAUAGAUGGAAAAUUGCCACGUUUGACUCUUGGUGCUUCUUGUCCCUGACUAACAAAGGAUGCUGCUGUAGAGGCUGUUGUACUUAUUGACAGAGUAUUUUUUCUGUUUUUUUAUUGGCCUCAACCAUGUAAUGAUACUUAAAGGGUAAGUUUGGUGUUUUUCAACGUGGACUAUAGUUUCUCAUGUUUUUGUGUCUGACUGACUAAUGGGAGCAAAUGUUUUUGAAGUUGGUCCAGUAUUGAGUUUCAGCAAAUAGCUGUGAAACAAGCUGCAAUGUAAUAACUAAGGGGCACCUGUGCAAUGUUAAUGUACGUUUAUUGAAAGAGCUUGUUUUUGCCACUGACAGGCUCAAAAUGUUGUUGUUAGUGACAAUAUUAUGGAAAGGAUCCCUACAAAGAUAGAUCAUUUUAAAUACUCCAUUUAAAUACUUAGUCAUUUAAGCGUCUGUAAAGCCAGCAUAUUCUCACAUCUGAUUUGGUGAGUUAAGGGUUUAUUUCAACCCAACCAGAGUUGAUGAUUGUUGGAAAAGUGGAAAGACAAAUCAGUAUGGGUUUUGUGAGUUUUAUUUUGGAACUGACGACUUUGAAUGAAAUGUGUUUUAUGAUGAUAAAAUUACUAGUUAUUUAAAUGGAGUCUGGUGGGUUUGGCGAUAUCAAUUUUGAGGCUGUUCCUGUUCAAACAGAAAGGACCUAACUUUCUGCAAUUUUUUUUGUCACUGUAGGGAUCCUUUUGUCAGACACUUAGUGUAACAAUCUGGCCUAUCAGUGGCAAAAACAAGCACUUUUAGUGAAUGCAAACUGCCGAACAUGCCCUGAAUACUAACACUGCAGCAUAUUGUGUGAUAUCAUGCGAUACGGUUUCCAAAAUCCUUAUUCUCAUUAGUUUCUGAGACACAAAUACUUGAAAAAGUAUAGUCCAGGUUGAAAAAUACUGCAUUUCCCCUUUAAAUUGGUUAACAUGCUGGUAUGUGACGUGAUAAAAUUAGUUGCCUAGAAGCUGUGAUUGAAAAUUGCCGAAACUUUUUAGGGCAGGAGUUACCCUAACCCGUUUCAUACACUGUGCAUCAUGUGGCCAACUGACCUCUCAGAUAUGAUUUUAGAAUAAGAUUUUAAAAUAACUUUUCACAUCAGGCUUACUUUUGACUGUCCGCUGUGCUGUAGAAAAUUGUCAUUUUUUAACUGACUGGUUCACAGGUGAUUUAAACUCAUACAUACUUGAUUCAUCCAAUGUCGUACUUGGAUCAUUUACUUGUUUCUGUUAAUCAUAUCUUGCCGGGGUGAUUAUCACCAGAUUUUAAUGUUUUUAAUGUUUUGUAUGAUUCUGGAUUAAGACUCAAGCCUUUGAUAAUAAUCUAGACAUUAAUCUUAAAUUGAUGAUAGAAAUGUCCAUUUAAGUUGUGUCUUUUGGUCUAAUAUUUUGUAUCUCACUUUAAACUUUAAUCAGCCAAAAUGUUUAAAGGUCUAUGAAAUACAUGUGUUUACAUAAAAUCCUAAAAUUGUAGCAGCAGGCAUUUAUAGAGUGAGAUAUCAACAUGUCACUCUGUGUUUUCUUUUAAUUCAUUUUAUCAGUGGUUUUGGUCAAAUGAGCCAAAUGCAUUAAAAAAAAACAAAAGAGCACACAGGUUCUAUAAGUGUAUUCAAUAAAAGCAAGCUGGUUCUUGCUGUCCCUACAAAACGUACAAAAUCAACUUACGAGGCUCCUUCUUUUCCGUCACUUUCACAUCUUUUCUUUCUUUAUGUGUUGUACUGAACAGAGUUUAAAGAGAGCAAAAUUGUGUAAAUGAUUCUCAUAAAUUGUACAUUUUUACCAAUAUCUCAGCCACUUUUUGUCUCUACGAUUUCUCAUCGUGCCUGUAUUAAAUGUGUAAUAUAUGAAUAUAUACAAAUAUAUUAAAAUGA